AUGCCGAAAGGAAAUGAUGAAUUACCAAUGGCUAUUACUCAAUCGAUAAUGGACAGUCCUGAACUUCGCAAACAGCUGAUUUCUCUUCUUCUUCCUCCGUCUACUGCUGUGACAGCAACAACAAUGACAAAUAGUCGCAUGGACAGUGAAGAACAGAAAGAAAAAGAAAAUGAUAAUAAACUCGACGAUCUCUUGAUGGCACGAGCUAACGAAAUUGGUAAUUUACUUGCCUCUACAGUUGGAAAAAUUCUAUCUGAACGUGUCGAUAAAUUAGAAAAUCGAUUAGAAGCAGGAGAGAAUGAACUCGAAGAUGCUCGUCGUUAUUCGCGCUCAUUCAAUAUACAUGUCUAUGGUAUUCCAGAUUCUCCAAAUGAAACUCCGGCUCAAACUCAAGUUAAACUUGAAGAAUUGUUUGUUACACAUUUGGAUCUAAAAUUAAAACAUGGAAUUGAGUUUAGCCAUAGACUACCUUCGUCCAUUAAAGAUAAGCCUCGUCCUAUCAUCGCUCGUUUUUAUUCACGGCUUGAACGAUAA